AUGGGAUUUUUGACCCAUUUGUACUCCCUAGUUACCGUUCUUUAUCAAGCACAAAGUGGUUGGGUAUCACGGUUGGCGAACAAGAAAACUGUUACAAUUCAACCUGGGGGCAAAGAUCAAUCUGUGUUACUUGCAACAACAAAGACCAAGAAACAGGGCAAGCCUGCGAGUUUACUUCACAAGUCUGUAAUGAAGCAGGAGUUCUGUUGCAUGGCUAAGGCUGUUAAAAACCAGGCAAGUGAGAUGGACUUGGGCCAGUCUGACUGCUAUUUUAUAUCAAGGGUGGCAGAUAACUAUUACAGGCCAGAUCUGAAGGAUGCAGCCCUUGCCAGGUUGAGUGCUGUGCACAGGAGCCUUAAGGUUGCCAAGUCUGGUGUCAAGAAGAGGAACAGGCAGGCUGUUAGGAUCCAUGGUAGGAAGUAUUUGGCUUGUUUAUGGGCUAGGGAGCUUACUCUAUGGAGCCUAGUGUCUGCAGAUCAAGUGGAGGUGCAAGGAAUGGAUUCAGAAACUAAUUUGAUUUGA